AUGCCUUUACCAGCAGCGAUAUGUCUGCGCUUCGCCAGACGUGCUUCGCUCGAUCCGAGCAAGCACCAAGUUCUACUAGCACGAGCUUUCUCAAACAGUGUUCGGCGUUCCGAGAUAAACAAAGUCGUCUCUUCCGCCGACCUCGCGAUCAAGGACAUGAAAUCGAACUCGACCCUACUAGCUGGUGGGUUCGGUCUGUCUGGGGUGCCAGACACCCUGAUCAAUGCUGUGAAGAACAACCCAUCAAUCACUAGUUUAACAGCCGUCAGCAAUAAUGCCGGUGUCGAUGGAGCUGGCUUGGGCCUUCUGCUGCAGUCCAAGCAGAUCAAGAAGAUGAUCGCUAGUUACGUGGGAGAAAACAAGACCUUCGAGCGCAUGUAUCUAGGCGGCGAGAUUGAGCUAGAAUUGACGCCACAAGGUACCUUAGCCGAACGGUGUCGGGCCGGAGGCGCAGGGGUUCCGGCCUUUUACACACCUGCUGCAUUUGGCACAGUCGUCCAGACCGGCGAGCUGCCACUCAAGCACAACCCUGACGGCACCGUUGCGCUGUACGGCCAGCCCCGCGACGUCAAGGUCUUUGACGGCAAGAGCUACGUGAUGGAGGAGGCUAUCAAGGGCGACUAUGCCUUCGUCAAGGCCUGGAAGGCUGACAAACUCGGCAACUGCCAAUUCCGUUACGCAGCUGCAAACUUCAACGGUGCCAUGGGCCGGAACGCGAAGAUGACUAUUGUUGAGGCAGAGCACAUUGUUGAAGUUGGCGAUAUCGACCCCGCAGCUAUCCACCUGCCCGGUAUUUAUGUCAAGCGCGUUAUUCAGAGCACGGCGCCGAAGAACAUCGAGAAGUACACAUUUGCCAAGGAGGAAGGCGAAGACACCGCGGCUGCCCUAGGUAAGGGCGACACCGCGGCUAAGCGCGAGCGAAUUGUCCGCCGUGCGGCCAAGGAAUUCAAGAACGGGAUGUACGCCAACUUGGGCAUCGGCAUGCCCAUGCUUGCGCCCAACUUUGUCGACCCUUCAGUGGAGGUGCAGCUGCAGUCUGAGAACGGCAUUCUGGGCUUAGGACCCUACCCGAAGAAGGGUCAGGAGGACGCAGACCUCAUCAACGCAGGAAAGGAGACAGUCACGCUCGCGCCCGGUGCCGCUGUCUUUGGCAGCGAUGAAUCCUUUGGCAUGAUCCGAUCCGGCCGCAUUGACCUGACUAUCCUUGGCGCGAUGCAAGUGAGUGCCAAGGGAGACCUCGCGAACUGGAUGCUUCCCGGUAAAAUCAAGGGCUUCGGCGGCGCAAUGGACCUCGUCUCCAACCCAGCCGCCACAAAGGUCGUCGUGACCAUGGAGCACACGGAUAAGAAGGGCAACCCCAAAAUUGUUAAGCAAUGCGAGUUCCCUUUGACAGGGCGGACUUGUGUCAGCCGCAUUAUCACCGAGCUCUGUGUGUUGGAUGUUGACUUUGUCAACGGGUUGACGCUUAUCGAGUUGGCGGAUGGUGUCACAAUUGAUGAGGUCCGCGCUAAGACUGAGGCGCCGUUUAGGGUUGCGGAUAAUGUGAAGCCUAUGCUGUGA